AAACGAGUUGUGUUUGUUGGGUUGGUGUUGGACUGUUGACUAACUGGGUUUUAUUACAGACUGGUUCUCGACAGUUUAUUAGGAAAGGUGCUUGUGUGGCAAUUCGGUUUUCGUUUUUGUUUAUUUUGAAUUGUUACUGUUGUUUUCUUAUUGAAUUAGAUCAUUUAAACUGUUUUGUUUUUAUUAUCGUACCGACUUAGUAUUCUAUGCAAACAAUGCGGUUUCUGUUAUUUUAGUGAUCUAAAUACCUCUCUCUGUGAAUUGUGAAGAUACUGUCUGAUUGCGUUUUUAGAGACUGUUAAGCUGUUUUACUUACCUUUGACGACCAAGAGUUUCAAGUGAACCAACAUGGCGGAAGCCCACUCGGCUGUGGCCUUCUCGUUUGCCAUAACUCACGAGGGUUUAGAUGUUAACUUCGAUCGUGAAGUUCUUCAUCUGGUUUGGGAAUCCGGUGUACGAUCGUGGAAGAAGCGGUUAGCGAGAUUCCAAAAUAGUAUUCAUAAUGGUGUAUACCCAGGACACUAUAGGUACCUGUUUCUAUUGAUGAGUAUAGCCACUGCGCUUCACUUUGGUGGUUUUAAAGUGCCUUUUAAUUUAACGAACAGACUUCUAGAAAUUCUUCCAUGUGACACACUACACUGGCAACUGAUAGCCUGCUUCCUAACAUCACUAGUUUUUUGGCUAACGGCGAUAUAUAUUAUUAGGUAUAUUUUAAAAUUACUGUUUAUGUACAAAGGAUGGAUGUACGAAUCGAGAGCAAGGGGAAGCAAGCCUUCUUUGAAGUCGAGAAUAUGGUUAGUUUUAGUCAAAUCUUUUAUCGGAUGGAACACUCCGAAAUUGUACAGUUAUCAGGGAUCCCUGCCUAGACUACCUCUGCCUAAUGUACACGACACAAUGACACGGUAUUUACUAAGCGUGAAGGCUUUGUUGAACGAAGAACAAUAUAAGAGAAUGGAACAACUAGCUGCCGAAUUCGAAAACGGUAUUGGUAAAAAGCUCCAACGCUACCUCAUAUUAAAGUCCUGGUGGUCCACCAACUACGUUUCCGAUUGGUGGGAAGAAUACGUCUACCUCAGAGGCCGCUCCCCAUUGAUGAUCAACUCGAAUUUCUACGGUAUCGACACAGUUUUACUACACCCUACCACAAACCAAGCAGCUAGAGCAGGAUCGACCAUAUACACUUUGCUAUGUUUCAGACGUUUAGUCGAGAGGCAAGAGCUGGAACCGAUUCUAGUCCAAGGUCUAGUUCCGUUGUGUGCGUGGCAGUACGAGAGGAUCUUCAACACUACCAGAAUACCUGGGAAAGAGACUGAUAAAAUACUUCACUGGUUGGACUCGAAUCACAUAGUAGUUUAUCAUAAAGGAAGAUAUUUCAAAGUUAUUAUCUAUAAAGGAAGGAUUCUGAAACCCUGUGAAAUACAAGUACAAAUUCAACAAAUCUUGGACGACACAUCAGAACCUCUAGCUGGAGAAGAGAAAUUGGCAGCUUUGACAGCUGGCGAAAGAACCCACUGGGCUACUGUAAGAGCCCAGUUGUUUAACAAGGGAAUUAAUAGAGCUUCGCUGGAUAUUAUCGAAAAAGCUGCUUUUGUAGUGACGUUGGAUGAUUUCCCGUAUAUCUAUGAUCCUAAAGACCCAUCGCAGCUCGACAAGUAUGGCAGAGCUCUAUUACACGGCAAAGGAUACGAUAGAUGGUUUGACAAAUCUUUUACAUUGUGUGUUGGAAGCAAUGGCCGAAUUGGAUUCAACGCGGAACAUUCAUGGGCAGACGCAGCGGUGAUGUCGCACCUGUGGGAGUACGUGCUGACCUCGGAAUCUGAACCUCGGGCUGAUGCGCCAGUUUGUGGGCAUUGUUGGGAAUACGUUUUAACAGAUGAGAUCUCUGGCCGAUAUGACGAAACUGGCAACACCAUUGGUAAACCUGAAAUUGUUCCACCCACGCCGAUCCGCUUGAACUGGGAGUUGAAGUUUGAAGCCCAAGACGCCAUAGAAAAGUCCUACAACGUCGCCUGCGACCUCAUCAAAGACAUCAACUUGCGAAUCUUCGUCCACGACAGUUUCGGAAAGGGCUUCAUGAAAACGUGUGGUGUCAGUCCGGAUGCUUUUAUACAGAUGGCGCUGCAACUUGCAUAUUUUAGGGACGCCGGGAAGUUCUGUCUGACAUACGAAGCCACUAUGACUAGACUUUACAGGGAAGGCAGAACGGAAACUCUCCGACCUCUUAGUAUUCAUUCAGUAGCUUGGGUAAAGGCCAUGGAAAAUAAAAACUCGUCUGUAGAGGAGAGGAUUAAAUUGUUAAAAACUGCCUGCCAAAACCACCAAGUUACCUCCCAUGAUGCGAUGUGUGGCAAAGGUAUCGAUAGACAUCUUUUCUGUCUGUAUGUAGUCUCGAAAUAUCUAGAAGUAGACUCUCCCUUCCUUCAAGAAGUGUUAAGCGAGCCGUGGAGACUGUCCACCUCCCAAACUCCACACGGCCAGACAGCUCGCUUCGAUCUAAAGAAGCAUCCAAAAUGCAUUUCAGCCGGAGGCGGUUUUGGGCCAGUGGCUGACGACGGUUAUGGUGUGUCGUACAUUAUAGCUGGAGAAGAUCUGCUGUUCUUCCAUGUAUCGAACAAAGAGAGUUGCCCGACCACGGAUUGUCACCGUUUCGCAAGGAACAUCGAGCGAGCUCUUGCGGACAUAAGACAAACCUUCUUGGAUUUCAAAGCUCAAAACGGAAAAAAGUAGAAGUUUUGAAAUGAAUCCUAGCGGGAAUCGCAACCGAUAUAUAUAUAUUUUACUACAAAACAACUUUACAUAACAUCAUCUCUUUGUUUUACGAUAUUGUUUAUCUAAAUAUUUAUUAAGUAGAUAUUUAAAUGUUAAUAUUGUGAGUCGGCAAUAAUUUUUCGAGUUAUUAAUAUGCUUUUAGCUUUUUACAAAUCGAUUAAUAAAUAACUAGAGACAUCUACAACUAGACGGAUUUAGAAAAUGGAUAGAUCUUGUUUGUCACCAACAAGAUCUCAUCACUAAUAUGAAUGUUAUUUACAUACUUGCGUCUACAUUUCACAAUAUGACUUAUUCUUUGAACUUGAAAAUCAAAAAUAUCUGUUGAAGUAUCGCACCAAAAAAUCAAUUUGUGCCCUAUUACCUUGAGAAUCCUUCACAAUUAUGUCUAUUAUAUCUAAAAAUAAUUUUACAAAACUUAUAGUACUGUAUACCACAUUUUAAAGUAGAGCCUUUAAAAUUUUGUUAUUACUGUUUUUUCUUAGGUGCGUUUCGAAGACGACUUCUUAAGGUAUUAAGGUUGUGAUUAAACUUAUUUAAUCAAUGACAGUAUGUCAUUUGUCUGUAUUGGUACCAAACAAUUGAUCAAAUCGAAUCAAAUUUUCUAUUAAUGAUUUUAGUGUAUAUCACGAGAAAUUCUGGAAGAAACUAAUGUGAUGGUUACGACAAAGUAAUUGUUUAAAAUAGCUAAUUUUCUUUUAAUAUUGGUUUUUAUUCAUUUGUGCAAAAAUUCUCUCUUUUUUUUUUAGUUUUUGUUGUCAGCGAUUCAGAUUUGAUCUUUUCCAGUGACGAAUCCAAAAUAUUUGUAAAGAUUAUGUACCAUUAAUGCUUUAUUCGGCAGUGCUCCAGUUUUAUUUCACCUUUUUUCUAACAAUAAAAAGCUUUGACGCAUGCGCAAAACAUUUUAGUAACCAAAACUGAGUCAGCAUUUAUCCAAUAAAUGCUAACAAAUUAAAUUUUUGGUUUGUUUGUGAAAAUUGAUAGCAUUAUGAUUUAGCCACGGUUUUACAAUUUUCCAGAUCUUUAAUCAAUAAGUUUCCUUUUGCACCCCAAAACACUAACGACAUGACCUUUUUCUUUAGUAUCAUCGUGAUCGCCUUCUUUGGAGAUUUUAUCCACUGUUUAGACUGCUAUUUGAUUAUGGAUGUAUAGUGUAUAAGUCACGUUUGUUGUUCUUAAAACAAACCAAACGCUUUUCAGAAAGUGUCAUGCUAACGGAUUUGUGAUAAAUAGCGAUGGAAGAUGUGACUUAUGCAUUUCUUUAAUAUCCUGUAAUUUGUCAAUGAUUUCCGGUGUAAUAAUAAAAAAUUAUUUUACGAAGAAUCAUCACUGCAAAAUAAUCUUUUUUUUUUUCUUAAUAAACAUGUACACUCAAAUUAGCAAAGCUUUAAAUAUCUGCCUACAGUUAACUGCUGUCUAAAAGGACUUACAUUAUGAGAUCUACUAUCACAUGUAUACGUAGUACUGAGAUCUCUUAGCAAGAUCGAUAACUUAUCAGACUGCGCGAUUUUUUUAACAAAGUUUUUAUAAUUAAUUAAACAAUUAAAAAUUAAACAUUUUAAAACUAAUGUUAAAUUUUUAACUUUUUUUUAAUUGUUAUUAAAUUCCAUACCUUUUAAUACAGCUAAAAUUUAUGACAUAUAUUGUAACAAUACCUACCAAUCUAAAAGCCCACCGUUAAGCAACUGUUUUACCACUUGUGUGGUAUUAUUCAUAGAAGAGAUUUCAACAAAAUAAUUUUUCCCCUAAAAAUUUUGAACCAACCUUUAUUCCAGCUAGCCGUGAAAGGUAGAUAUUAUUUGGCGAAAUUCAUUUUUCCUCUUCUGAGAUGGGCUUACUCUUUGUGUAUUUAAAAACCGCACUAAAAACAACAAAGAUGGUGAAGUGCAGUUUUUACAACUCUUCAACAUUUACAAUUACUACAACUCUUUUGUACAAAGGAUAAUCGUGUCAAAAUCCUUGACAACUAGCAUGGAAGAGGGUUUAUAGGUGAAACAGCAGAAUAAAUAAGAGGGUGUUUAAAUCUACUGGCGAUAUUCAAUCAAAGUUUGUUUUAAGUAUUACUUGUCAAUCUUAUACAACGCCAAAAUAUAUUGUUGAUAAAAUUAAGCAGUGGUUACAAUUUCCAACGUAUCUCAUUGCUACCUUUCUCAUUUAAACUAGUCCUUCAUUUUAUUAAUUAUAUUACCUUUACCAGCAACGUACAUUUAUGAUUGAUGUAAAGGAGAAGUUCAUUAUCAAAUGUUGCAGGUUUAACAUUUUGAUCGAGACUAUUAAAUAUCUUGACUUUUGUAUUAAUCAAAAUCAAUUCUUUAGAUUUGUGCGAUAUGUCAAAUUUUAAAUAAUCACAGAUAAACUGAUGAAUGCAUUUCGAUUCGAAAACUUACAAAAGUGGAAAAAAACUUUACUCGUGAACUAUUAAUUAUAACUAGAGCAAUUUUAUUAACGGAUUCAUGAUCUGACUAAACAAAUGCAUCUAAAUAAUUAGCUCCGGUAAAUUUGGACAACUUUUUACCGAAAAAAGUUAUUUCGGUUCAUUCAUAACUUUUGUACCCUUACCUUUUGUACGUACCUUGAAAGAGGUAUCAACUGUUUGAAAUGUCUUCCCAAUGAAUAUGGCGAGUAAAUAUUUAUUUUUUGUGGCAUUCUCGAAAAAUUAUUGUUGACUUAUUGUUAUGCAAAAUCAAUGCAAUGGUGACUUAGAUUUAACCGAGAUUUGUUGUAAUGUUAUUGUUUAUAUGGAUUUUUGUGGUGAUUUUUUGUACGUGUGUACUACUGAGAGACAAAUAAAGCAUCAUCAUAUUAAGAGAAACAGCAGUUUGUUUUAAUAUUUUUUUAGGUAUGUAGUCCUUUUAACUGGAGGUAACUAAAAAUAUCGACUUAAUUGAGCUGCUUAUUUUUAAGAAAAGACAGUGUUUUAGAUUAACAUUUUAGCUCAGUAACUUAAACAAAAUGACUUCAAAUUUUUAAGUAUGGUAUCACUAGGCACAAAUAGCUGAAACCUUCAAGGUCAUUCUAUCCGGUAAAUUGAUGAGCAACUAUUCACUACUGUGAAAGUAAGAGAAACAUUGGACACCACUUUUAGUCGGUUUGCAACAUUGCCAGAUAACUUCGUGAUUCGUAAAAUAGUUAUUUGUAGAGUUUUCAUACAGUACGUUAAGUUCAUGAUUAGAUAUUGCAAACUACAUAAAGCGUUAAAAUCGGCAACAUUGCUUCGUACGAGGUAAUUGUAAUUGUCCGAUCCCCUCCGACAUAUUAGCAUUAGACUCCUAGACAGAAAAUGACAAAACGAAAACCAUUUAGUAACACAUAGCAAUGCAAGGGAUGUGCAUCUACGUCCGUCGAUUUUUGUUCUGUUUAUGUAUACCAGGUUCAUUUCUUACAACAUAAACUCGAUAAAAAUACACUGACCAUUAUCAGGCGGUGCAUUUCUUUACAAACAGUAAAUUUACUGUUUUUGAGAACGAUUUCCGAAGUGGAAAUUGAAACGUCAAUAAACGUAUUUUAACCUUUAAUUGUGGCUU